UUGGAGGGAAACUUCACGCGCACCACCGCUAUUCCUGUACAAUUGUUGAAUUGUUGUGGGCCUUGUGGCAGCAUCCAACAGCGUGGACUGUUUCGAUUUCCUUUAUCGGAAGAACAUGGUUGACUCCUACGCGAUUCAAGCUUCUUAAUUGCGGGAAGAUAACUUACAACCACGCCACGGGUGGUGGGGGAAGCGAAGGCACGAUAAUCUUCAUACAUACCCCAUCUCCCUAUUUAAUAUUGGUUAAAUACUCACUUGGCGGGCUGAAGUUUUCGCUUAAAUUGGACAGGCUCAAUUCGACACCACCUGAGUUUGCGGGCUGCUAAUUUUGUUGGAAGGUAUUCCCGAAGCAAUCAAUCAAUCAUUGAGCAGUCCUGCUGGAAGCCAAGGCCUCAGUUAGCGCUGGCCCCCAUUGAAAUUGUGUUUGUCUGGCUAGUUGGCCGAGGUUUGUUGUACAGCUAACAAUCUCAACUUGCAGCCGGUUGAAAUAUAACACCCAAUAAUCAACCCCCCCCCCCCCCCCCAAUAAUAAUGACCAGGGUUUGGGCAAUUGUUCAUCCAGUGGGCCACACGCCACAGCCCUUGCCCUUGCCUUCUGCAAAAUAUGUACUUGCAACCCUAGCGCGAUCGACAACCAAUCUCGCCAACGAAUGGGAGCCGCCCAGAACCACACAAAAGGAAAGCCUCCCGUUACAAGCGCCUAAUCCAUAUGGCACUAGGAUGCCUAUGGGGCGGCUCAGUGAGCCCCAUGAAGAGAAAUUACUCUGCGUAUAUCCAAGCGUGGAGCCUCGUCAAAAUCGAUUUUCACUUUCUUUCAGAUAGAAACUUCCUGUCUUUCAUUCCCCACCUUUCUCCUGUAAAUUGAUAUUUCAGUAUCAUUAUGAGCCAGCGAAAUCCCGACUCAAAUUCCGGCCUCGAAACCAACUAUGCGGAGGGCAUGCCCGGCGGGAAUGCGGAGUAUGUGCCUACUACUCCCCAGGGCCCGGAAUCAAGAUACCUUCAGCCAAAAUGGGUAGCUGAGAAUGAACCCUUUCACGAAGUUCAUACAAAGCCGCCUUCGCCCUUUCGUUCUCGCCGAUUGCGGAUAAUAUUAGUCGCCGCUGUUGCACUCGUCUGUAUAGGAAUUGGGAUUGGUGUCGGCGUGGCCAUAUCGCGUGCAACUAAAACGGGAGACUCGGAGGGCGAUGCACCAGCAUCCACCAAAACAUCGUCGACAACGACUUCUCCCACUGCGACAACAGCCCCUAACCACCUGAACGUCCUCGCCGCUGUGCACGGCAAUGGCAUAGUGACGCCGGACGCAAAACAACUUGUCGAUGCAGAGGGCAAUAUUGCUUUCGACAGCCAUCCCUUCCCGUUUACAGAUAAUAUGUUCGGCUACAGGAAAUGCUUCUCCCUCCUCCACCAACUCGGUUCCAAUGGCGACGAGGAUAUGCGCAUAUUCCACGCCUGCGAAGGCACGGGAUUUUAUAAACUCGAAGCAGGCCCUAUCUCAAAAUCUAGGAAUACAGAGCUAGUACCAAAAUACGACGAUUUGGAGCAGGAUGGUUUUCGCAUUAUCAGCAUCAUAUGGGGCGCGGGCGAACUGAGGGAAAGAAGUGUGCACGAGAAAGUGUUCAAGGCGGGGAUGAACCGCGAGAUGGUCACAUUUACAAAUGAGUUUUUCGGGCAGACGUCCCAUCCAGGACCGGAUGGAGGAAUACCUCCUGGUGUGGUUUUUUAUAGAUCUGCACGGGAUCGGCCCAUACGGAUUCUCUACUCGUUGGAAAAUGGGACGAGGCCGUUUGAUUUUAGUUGAAAUUUGAUUUGAUUUUUUUAUUUUUUUAUUUAUUUUUAUUUAUUUUUUGGUUUUUUCCUUUAAAGGCAUGUAUGGCUUAGAAGCGGGCGGAGCUGGUCCGUUUUGAUACUUUUUUUUGCGUUCUUGUUAAUAAGUUGUUUCUCCUUGGAUCCAGAUACCUUCAAUGUAUGCGCAGGCGCCUUACCUUCUUCUCCUCCCCUUCUUUUUCUUUUUUCUUUUUUCUUUUCAUUUCAUUAUUCGGCGCUCAUCAUUCAUGAAAACGCUUUUAGCCUGGUGAGAGGACUCUCUCUCAUACAUUAAACUUUAGCGGCUUGCACCUAAUUAAGAGAUUGAGAGGAGCUUUUGAAUCGUCACUCGUUUUGGCCUUUGCGCCUCACCAUCUCCCUCGUAGACCUUCCCCAAAUGACAACGACCAUCGUCUACCAGCAAGGCUCCGGCGGAUGGACUCCCGCUUAUUAGCCGCCCUUACAUAGGGUGCAUUAAUUACACAACUACUUCUUGAACGGGUGUAGAGCACACCUUAGGAGAAAUACGCAGCAAAACACCACGAUUAUCCGAGGCGGAAGACGGAUGCGCAAAGAUAGUCAGCCUCCUAUGUACAUACUUGUUCAACGGCGCUUAGCUAGACUCCAUAUAAGGUGCCUUGCAACAACCACCGCUCGCUCCGUCGGUGAACAAGGGCGUGGAAGGAUGUCAAUCAAAUUUCUCCCUCUCGCGGUCACCAAUUUUCUCUGCAAAGAUUGUCCAUGGGCUAAGUUACUCUCGUCUGCGGUAACCUGUGGCUAUGGAGAGCCACUGUUGGGAAAGAGUGCCGCGAAGGGAAACGGGGUCCUCAGCACCGCUACUCUAGAUCGUAAGCAGGAGUGAAUCGUGAGAGUCCGACUCAAUCAGGGAGUUGGGCUUUUGUACAGGCGACUCGAAUGGCAUAGAAUUUACUUCGCGCAGCGGAAGAGGAUUAAGAAUCUUGUAUAGCUACACUACUCCUCGCCCACGAACCUUAUCAAGCAAGCAGAUGUUCUGUUAGUGUUACAUUUGCCUUAGGGACAAUGGGGGUAAGUUAAAUAAAGGGGAAGAGCUGAAUAUCAAUUUGAAGAGGCCAAAGAGGAAUAAGCUAGAAUUGGGUACGGGAACAAGCAGUGUGUGCCUAUCAAGUUCAGGGGCGCAAAAUACCCCGAGACUCCCAAAAUCCCAACGUGGCAAGAAAAGCAGAGCUCUUCUUUAAGCUCUUUUCGAUUUAUUGCAUACAUCUUUUAUCGCAUACAUCUCGUCGCUCCGUUAAGUAUGUAUGUGUGUUACCUGUGUAUUUACAAGCUCAAAGGAGUGAGCCUGGCUGAACAAAAAAUUAUUGUAAUCAUAGUCCCAUCAUUCCCGGAGGAGC